GCAGCGUAGCGACCGGUGCUUCAGUGGAGUUUGACGUGGCACUCUGCUUCCACUGAGAGCAGUACACAGAAAGGAGGACUCUUCCCAAUAUUCAGGUUGUCAUACUUAUCCAUCUUGGCAUGAGAAGACAGUAAGAGCCAUCCCAUCAAAAUGAGUCAACAGGGUUAUGUGGCUGCACCCCCAUACUCUCAGGCCCAGCCAGGGAUGGGGGGCUACCAAGGUGGAUUUGGACCUGGUACUACACAGCCCCUCUAUGGGCACUAUGGUGGACCGCCUCAAGCAUUUAAUGCUCCACCAACAGGUAUGAUGAAAUCAACAGCUGCUGGUUUGCCUCCACCUCCAGUAUCCAGUCAUUACAGUCAAAAUGUCCAUAAUGGUGAUCAUCCACAAAGGUACGCUGCUCCACCAGCUGCCUCUGCUGCUUAUGGACAACCUCCACAGUCGUCAUACAACAGCAUGAUACCUCAGGCCCCGCCCACAGCACAGCAGGUCACCAAUCAAAUGAGUGCUAUGAACUUGGGCAACUAUGCUCCUAGACCCAUGCAUCCUCCAACAAGUACCGUACCUCAACAACAUUUCCAGGCACCUCCUCCCCCAGCAAUGGGCCAGCCACAGAUGCCCCCGUCACCACAAUCACCUCAAAUGCCUCCACAGAUGUCUCCUCCUCAGUCACCUCCAGCAAGCAUGCCCAUGGCAGGUCCACCGAUGCCGGGUUCUCCCAUUGCUGGCCAGCCGAUGGCAGGUCCUCCGAUGGCAGGUCCACCAAUGGCUGGCCAGCAGAUGGCAGGUCCACCAAUGGCUGGCCAGCAGAUGGCAGGUCCUCCAAUGGCAGGCAUGGGGAGACCCUUUCCUGGACCACCUCCUCCAGGUGCUGGAGGUUUUCAGCAGCCUGCUCCUGGAGCUGCAGGUCCAACAGGAUACCCACAGCAACCAGGUCAGUUUGGGGGACAACACAUGGCUGGACCCCAGCCAGGCAUGCCAGGUGCCUUCCCCUCAGGACCAGGGGCGAUGGCUGGCCCACCUCAAAAGAAACUGGACCCUGACUCUAUCCCCAGCAUAACUCAAGUCAUAGAGGAUGACAAAGUAAAACAAGGAGGACAGGUCUUCACCACAAACAUUAGAGGACAGGUUCCACCUCUGGUCACCACAGACUUCACAGUGCAGGACCAAGGCAAUGCCAGUCCCAGAUUCAUAAGAUGCACCACUUACUCACUACCGUGCACCGCCGAUCUGGCUAAACAGUGCCAAGUGCCCCUGGCUGCCAUCAUCAAACCAUUUGCCAAUUUGCCAAAGAAUGAGACUUCUCUUUAUGUUGUGAACCAUGGUGAGACAGGACCCAUCCGCUGCAACCGAUGCAAAGCCUACAUGUGUCCAUUUAUGCAGUUUAUCGAUGGUGGUCGACGCUAUCAAUGUGGUUUCUGCAACUGCGUCAAUGAAGUGCCCGUGUUUUAUUUCCAGCACCUCGACCACAUGGGACGGAGGGUGGACUUCUAUGAGAGGCCUGAGCUGUCGUUGGGGUCCUACGAGUGUCUAGCUACCCUGGACUAUUGUAAGAAUAAUAAGGCUCCGAAUCCUCCUGCCUACAUCUUCAUGAUUGAUGUGUCCUAUAACAACAUCAAGAGCGGACUGGUCAAGCUGAUUUGUGAUGAGUUGAAGACUCUGCUGGAGAAGUUGCCCAGAGAGGAAGGUGCAGAGAGCUCAGCCAUAAAGGUCGGCUUUGUCACUUACAACAAAGUUCUACACUUCUACAAUGUAAAGAGCGCUUUGGCCCAGCCUCAGAUGAUGGUGGUUUCUGACACAGCCGAGAUGUUUGUGCCCUUGCUCGACGGUUUCCUCGUCAACUACCAGGACUCAAAGGCUGUUAUCUACAACCUCCUGGACCAGAUCCCUGACAUGUUUGCAGACACGAAUGAAAGUGAAACGGUCUUUGCCCCCGUCAUCCAGGCCGGUGUGGAAGCACUAAAGGCAGCAGAAUGCAGUGGAAAACUUUUCAUCUUUCAGUCGUCCAUGCCCACUGCUGAGGCCCCUGGCAAACUGAAGAACAGGGACGACAAAAAGCUCAUCAAUACCGAUAAGGAGAAAACCCUGUUCCAGCCUCAGAAAGGUGUGUACGAGCAGCUGGUGAAGGACUGUGUAGCAUCAGGCUGCUGUGUGGAUCUCUUCCUCUUUCCCAGUCAGUAUGUGGACUUGGCAACCAUGGCCAAUGUGCCCUGUCACACCGGUGGCUCCGUCUACAAGUAUAACAACUUCCAGGUGGAGACAGAUGGGGAACAUUUCCUAAGAGACCUGAGGAAAGACAUACAGAAAAAUAUCGGAUUUGAUGCCAUUAUGCGUGUUCGUACCAGUACAGGCUUCAGAGCGACAGAAUUCUUCGGUGGCAUCUACAUGAACAACACCACAGACAUAGAGAUGGCAGCUGUAGAUUGUGACAAAGCUGUUACCGUGGAGUUCAAACAUGAUGAUGCGCUCAGUGAGGAAACCGGGGCAAUGAUGCAAUGUGCCUUGCUGUACACAACUAUCAGUGGACAACGGCGUCUGCGCAUUCACAAUCUCAGUCUGAACUGCAGCUCGCAACUGUUGGACCUGUACAAGAGCUGCGAGACUGACUCACUCAUCAACUUCUUUGCCAAAUCAGCUUACCGUGCCAUACUGAACCAGCCUAUAAAGAAUGUGAGGGAGAUCCUCAUCAACCAGACGGCACAUAUGCUGGCGUGCUACAGGAAGAACUGUGCCAGCCCCUCUGCUGCCAGUCAGCUGAUCCUGCCUGACGCUAUGAAGGUCUUCCCAGUCUACAUGAACAGCUUGAUGAAAACUGCUCCCUUGGUGGGCAACACGGAGCUCUCAACAGACGACAGAGCCCAUCAGAGGCUGUCAGUCACAGCCAUGGGUGUUGAAGACACCCAGCUGUUGCUCUAUCCACGCCUCAUCCCACUGCAUAACAUGGACGUUGGCAGCGAAGCUCUGCCCGCUCCAGUACGUUGCUCUGAGGAGCGUCUGACUGACGCCGGCAUGUUUCUGCUGGAGAACGGACACUCACUGUUUCUGUGGUUGGGCCAAGCAUGUUCACCUGACCUCAUCCAGAGCAUCUUUAACCUGCCCUCCCUCGCCCACCUGCAAGGAAACAUGGCUGCCCUGCCAGAACUGGAUAACCCAUUGUCUAAGAAAGUUCAAUCCAUCAUCAGCGGUCUUCUGGAAAAGAGGCCGAACUCCAUGAAACUCCAGAUCGUGAGGCAGCGGGACAAACCAGAGAUAUUAUUCCGUCAGUUCCUGGUGGAGGAUAAGGGUCUGUACGCCGGGGCUUCCUACAUGGACUUCCUUUGCUACGUCCACCGGGAGAUCAGGCAGCUGCUCACCUAACCCUCAAACCUAGGCCUCGGUGUCUUCUUCCUGACCCGGGGGGAGGGGGAGGGGCACGGCAUCCAACGGACAAUGCACAAACCUCACAGGGUCAGUCUCACUAGGCUCCUUUUUGAUUCUUCACGUUUCAGCCGCAUUUAGGAAGGACCAAGGAACUUUUUAGCGUUUUCCAAAGUCAGACGAGGGAACGAGGAACCAGGGAAAGCCUUCUGAGAUUCAGCCUCGAGUGUCCAAAGCUGCCUUUCUAUAACAUACCUUUGCCAUGUUUAAGUUUAGAUGAUAGAUACAUGGAAUACAGUGUGAACUUCAAAUAACCACUUGUCACUUGAGGACUUGCCAGUUCAAUCUGGACGAAUGAAAUGGAGAGAGUGCAUCCUUGCGUAACACAGCCAGUGUUUCCCGCACACAUAUUCUGCCCGCGGGCUUAAAUGACAUUAGCGUCUGAGGCUGAAAUGUGUUUUGGCAAAGCAAUACAACAUAAAUCUCCCACUGUGCAUUCAAUUAAGUUAAGUGUUUUGUUUUUUUUUUUUAUUUCACUUUGUAGAUGUGCAGUCUGGAUAAGCGGUUAUUUGUGGGUCAUACUGUAUAUGUUCUUUCUAAAACUCAAUAAAGGGACUUUCUCUAUGAAGACUUAAGGAAACAGUCUCAGUGACCAGUCUUAAUAAAAAACAAAUGUAAUCAUAUUGAGGAUUUCACAAAGGUUUUCUACAUUUCACACUUUGGUUGUCCAGACUCGGUUUAAAUGUGUCUAUACGUCUUGUGUAAAUUUAUAAAGUGUAUCCGCAGUGCUGGGUAAUUGGCAACAGAGGAGUAAUGAUUCUCAAACAAAAGUCAGUGUUUUUGCCAAGAGAGUAAACUAGCCCCGGGCAAAAUAAUCAGAUUUUUUGUCCAUGUACGGCAGGGGUUUGAUCCUCACAAUGACGCAGAAAAUGCUUUUUUUUUUUUUUUUUUUUGGAGGUUAUGAUUAAAGGAACACAGCUGUGUCGCUCUACUUAGAAAACGAGGACCGACUCUAGUCUUGGUGAAGAAUGUUGCCAUAAAUUAAACACUUGUGUCUCUGCAGUGACUUAAGGGAUAGUUAUUUAAAUGCAUAUUAUGAGAGAUUUACAAUAGCAGUGAACUAAUGAUAGUUUAGGGGCCAAA